AUGGCCCAACCCGCGCAGCCCGAAACGAAGCUCCUCUGGAAUCCAGAGAAUGUGAAGGACGUCGCCGAGUCCGUUGGAAUUUCUUCUCUGAACGAAGAUGCUCUCCGCGUUCUAACGCAAGAUGCUGAGUACCGCAUCGGCCAGGUCGUGAUUGAGGCCCUCCGCUUCAUGCGCGCGGCGCGCCGCACCACCCUUACUGUCGGCGAUAUAGCACAAGCCCUUCGCGUUCUUGAUGUCGAACCCCUCUACGGAUACGAAUCAACGCGCCCGCUACGCUAUGGAGAGGCAAGCCUCGGUCCCGGCCAGCCACUUUACUACUUGGAGGAUGAAGAGGUCGACUUCGAGAAGCUGAUCAACGCGCCCCUGCCCAAGGUGCCGCGCGACAUGAGCUUCACUGCCCACUGGCUCGCCAUUGAGGGUGUUCAGCCGUCCAUCCCCCAGAACCCGACGACCGCCGAGUCUCGCAGCCAGGAUCAACACAUCAUCUCCAAGGAGCUCGGUUCUCUACUUUGGAGAAGGUCCAAAACGCUCUCCUCGACGACAACCCAGACGACGAGGUGGGCCGGCUCCGCCAUGCCGCUCUCGCCUCCGUCCUCGCGAAACCAGGUGACCCACCGGCUCGACGACGUCUUCACCCUCCGACGCGUCAAGGAGCUCACAGAGGCUCUCAUUGAGAACACAAACCUGUUACUCGACCCGACCAGUACGAGCUCGCGCGAGUUCUCGGCCUCGCUCCUCGGCAAGAUUGCCCUGCGCUACGCCGCCUCCAACCACCUCCUCCGCCCCAAACUCGUCCGCACGUGUCUCAAGUUCUUCAUGGACCCGGACAAGCUGCCGGCCGCGCACUACGGCGCCAUCACAGGGCUCGCGGCGGCCGGCGGGCCCGAGGCCGUGCGCGUGCUCGUGCUCAAGUACCUCCGGGCGUACAGCGACGAGGUCCUGCAGCGGCUCAAGGACAAGGGCGAGGGGCUCGACUUCGAGCUGCUCGUGGGCGGCAUCGUCCGGGCGAUCGCGACGCUCGUGGCCGAUGACAGGGCUCGGGCGAACGGCGUCAACGGCGGGCCGGCGGCAACGCAGACGGCCGAGCUGAAGGAAUUCAUCGGGCCCAUCCUCGGCGAAAGGAUCGCCGGCUUGGGGAACAAGAGGCUCGUGGAGCAGGUGCUCGAGGCGCGGACGAUCCAGUAG